AUGUCUUCACCACCCCAACCUUGCACCGGCUUCCAAUGUCCAGGCGGCUGCACCAAUCAAGACUGCCCCUCAACAUGGUACCCCUACACGACCCAAGAAUACACCGCCAUGUUCCUCUCCUACUACAAAUUCCUCACAACCCUCCACUACUCCCCGUCAGACCUCAAGAUUCCACCCCCUCAAGGCUGGCCUAAUCUCACCCGUGAAGCCGGCAUGCCGAGAUAUUACAAGACUGAUUUCGCCGUCGAAGUCAUGAGACACCUCCCCUACCUCGGGGGCAAUCAUCACUACGAGUACAAGUCAAUCAUGAUAGACUACAGCACCCUAAACCCCAGAACAUCCAUGUGGUUCCAACCAAACGGCCUGGGAAAUUAUCCCAAGGAUGACUGGUGGGAACAUGCGUGGCCCUACGAUCUUCCUGCGGGCCAAAAACCGCCGCGAGGAGACUCCCUCAUCCCUUUGACCGUCGGAUGGGAAAGUGGCGGCAUCGUCUUGAUCCUGGACGUUCAAAGAGGGAAAAUCAUCGAAGAGGAGUUGAGAUGCGACAAUAAGAUGUAUGAUGCACAAGAGUACUUCGACAUGAUGACAUGCAAGUUCAGGAACCUCGUGCGGGUCCCCUGCGACGGGAGGAUAUUGGGGGAGUUUGGUGAAAUGAAAGAGAGACAAGAGCCAAUAACAGAGGAAGAGUUUUUGGGACAGGAUCCUAACGAGGGGUGGGGGACAGACCUUGAUAAGGCUUAUAUCAAGCAGCUCUAUCGCGAGCAUGGGUGGCCAGACAAUUUCCUCAGGGAAGAGUGCUUCUGGGUCGUGAAUGAUUUGAUGGAGAUGGUCAUGGAGACAAGAGACGACGAAUGGGAGGCAUGGGAUGAAACUGACUUCGUGCGUGCGCGACGAUAA